AUGGUGCUUGUAGAACACUUCUGUAUCCAUCGCUGUCAACCCAAUGGAUCGGUUCAGAUGCUAUGGAUGUAUCACACUCCUAUUCUUGGAAAUCAAAAAAAUGAACAUACCAAUUCUGUUGAAAUAAACCAUGACCGGGAGCUGGAGCCGUUAAAAAACCAAAUCGCUCUAUUGCAUGGAAUGUAUGGCUUCUCUUCUGAAACAAACGAUAUUCUACGCGAAGAGAAUAAUGAGAGUUAUCUAGAGGGCUCAAGUGAAAAUAAUAGUUAUAUAUUAGAUCUCUUUGGACAUUACAAUUGUAUGUCAACAGAGACUUCCCUGACGCGAAAGAUACUAAUACUGAGACCUUCUUCAGAUUGGGUUCCUUCUUCGAGAGGGCGAGACGAUGGGUCCUGUAUAUCGAUAGAGGAAAUUCCAUCCAUUUUUUUGACUGUGACAAAGCCUUGCCCUUCACCCGCUACUCUCAUCUCGACGGUAAUUGCACUUUGGAGUCAAUAUCAGUUGUUUUAUGGUGACAAAUGGAUGAGCCAGAUGAAUGAGUCAGAUGUCUACGAAGCUUUUGAUAAAUGGUGGACCGCUAGACUCUCUCCUUUGGAAUGUGGAGGAUCCAUUUUACGUGCCAUGAAUGUGAUAGCAGUUGGAAGACCGCUUGACAGAGAGAAAAUCGCCCUUUUUAAUGAUCUUUUUUUAAGUACAGAAUACUUUAUGGGCUCGAUGUUAGUAUACGUCCCAUCAGUGGUUCAACCAAAUUUAGUAUACGAACAAGGACAGCGUUUACGACCGAAGAUUCGCAAUAUCUUAAUUAUGUACUGUAUGAGUGAAUGUCAAAAUCUUUUGGAAGGAGAAGAGUAUUCGCGCUCUUUUGGACCUUACACAUUCUCAGAUUUACAUUCAAGUGGAUCCGAGUAUCAUGAUGAAGGCACACGUUGGAAACUAUGUGUGAAUUGUGUUUUUAAAAAGCGACAAAAGCGAAUUUUUCUAAUACGGUGGAGUCGAGAUUGCGGGAAUACUUGCGAGCAAAACAAUUAUGACAAUUUUAUGGUCAGAAAUGCAAUGAAUGAUGAUGAUGAUGAUGAUAUUGAAUUAAAAAAACGACUAUGGGAACAAGUUUAUGAAAUGCAAAUAAAGCAUGAACUUGAGCAUGAGCAUGGUGGGGGAGUAAAAAGAAAGACUAAAGAACACGAUGCGAUUGAUGAUUUCUGGUAUAUCGUUAUUCAUCAUUCUACCGGUCUAGCAUCUGUUUACACUGAGUUUCCGAUACAGGACGCACAACAUAUUUGGAUUCAUGUUGACGAUAUUUGGAGCAACCAAAAGCUCAAUGCUAGUCGAAUGACACAUAGCAAUCGGGGAUAUUGGAUCGCCCUGCGGCAUCAAACGUUGACGCGCGCUAAAGAGACUUUAGAGUCAGAAAGCCUUGGACAAGAUGACCUUGAAAGCGAGAAUGAAGAACAAGGCAAUCUUCAAAAAUCCGCUGAGUCUUUGAUAAACCAGGCAACAACGAUUCAAACUUGCAAAGAAGAGAGACUUACGUACUUAUUAAUUAGUAAGGCGAAACGCUGGAACAGUUUGAACGAGAUGAAUGGAAAAAUUCUGGAAAUUGUAUCCAAAGUGUGGACGCAUUAA